UAUGAGUGAUAGGAAAAGUACUUCACUCUCUUAAAUUCCCAUUGACGACUUAGAAGUUUAUAUUUAAAUCAUUAAAUGUAAGAUUUCUUAGAAUAUGCCAACAUAAUUUAGCAGCCAAAGUAUUUCGAUUUCAUAUUUACCCCAUGAAUAAGAGAAAAUAUUACCAAGAUAAUAAUGCAGAAAGUCAAGGGAAAUGUUCUUAUUCACUGCUUUCAGUAUAUCGAAUUCUAUCACAAACGGAAAUCGUGAAGUGGGUCAAAUCAAUUACAUACUGUUAUUUCAGAUAUUUCUUUUACUGCCGGUUCAAUACAGUCUCGGGGCUCAUCACUUUGAAGAAUUCGCUUUACGACCUGUGAAACUAAGUCUGUGCUUAAAAUUCCCAAGCAGCUGGCACGACGGCUGUAACUUUUGUGCUUGUGAAAGACCAUUCCAACGGCCUGUAUGUACAUCAAUGAUAUGUAUUGACCCAGAAACGCGUUUGACCUCAAAAUCUGAGCGAUCGAGACAAACAUCUGAACGGUUGCUACGAAAACACCGCAAGAAAAACCCUGAAAAAAAGCAGAAAUAUAAACUGUUCGCACAAAACUCUAAAAAGUUGAUGAAGAAGAGCCGCAAUGAGCGAGACCCUCUGCUGUUAAUGAACGAAGCUGAAUGGUCUAAGUUUCAAAUAAAUGGAUUGACACAUUUAAGUUAUGAGUGGUUGAAAGGCUGGACAGAAAGUUGCAUAGCGGGCUCCACUGUAAGCCCGCCUGGGGGCAAAUGCGUCUCCUGCGUGUGCGAAGAAGCAGGCGUCGCUAGCUGUGAGAUGAAACUGGACUGUGUACUCAACUCCUUUAGGAGUUUGCAAUAAAGCCUUAAUCGAAUUAGCAUUAAAGUUUCAUUGAGUGUCCUAAUAGACGUCUCUAGCUAUUUUGUACAAAAAAUAUACUGCUAUUAUAUGCAGGGUAACAAUAUACCUACAACUAAAGAUAAAUUAAAAUUAAGACA